AGAACAUGUUCUGAAAGAAAAAAUCCUCUCUUCUUAAAGAUAAUAACAACAUGUUGAUUGGAAGCAUUGUUGGAGCCAUCUCUGGAUUGAAACAUGGAGGGAAGAAAAUCCAUGGAACUGUGGUCUUAAUGAGAGACAAUGUCUUAGACUUCAAUGAUUUCGGUUCCACUGUUCUUGAUAAUCUUCAUGAGCUUUUAGGUGGUGGCGUUUCUCUUCAACUCGUUAGCGCUCAACAUGGUGACCCUUCAAAAGAAUUUCAAGGGAAAGUGGGAGAAGCAGCAUAUUUAGAGAAUUGGAUUGGGAAUACAAUACUUCCAAUAUUUGCUGGAGAAACAGCCUUUAGUAUUACAUUUGAUUGGGAUGAAGAAAUAGGAAUUCCAGGUGCUUUCUUCAUAACUAAUCAACACUUCAGUGAAUUCUUUCUCAAAUCUCUCACUCUUGACGAUGUUCCUGGCCAUGGAAGAAUCCACUUUGAUUGCAAUUCUUGGGUUUAUCCUGCCGAUAAAUACCAAACCCCUCGUAUUUUCUUCGCCAAUCAGGCAUACCUUCCCAAUGAAAUGCCAAAGCCACUUGUGAAGUAUAGGGUAGAUGAAUUACUGAACCUUAGGGGAAAUGGAAAAGGAGAGAGAAAGGAAUGGGAUAGAAUAUAUGAUUACGAUGUAUACAAUGAUAUCGGCGAUCCAGAUAGCAAUUUGGACCUCAGUCGUCCUGUACUUGGAGGUUCAUCAAAAUAUCCUUAUCCUCGUAGAGGAAGAACCGGAAGACCACCUUCCAAAAAAGAUCCGAAAAGUGAAAGUAGAUUAGCAAGUUCAAGUAAAGCAACAGAUGUGUAUGUUCCAAGAGAUGAAAGAUUUGGCCAUUUGAAGAUGUCAGAUUUUCUUGCAUAUGGUUUAAAAUCAAUAUCAAGAUCAAUAAAACCAAAGUUGGAAGAUCUGUUUGAUAGCACACCAGGGGAAUUUGAUGACUUUAAUGAUGUGUUUGAUCUUUAUGAGAAAGGUUUGCCUGUCCCAAGAACUUUGCUUCAAGGUAUCACUGAAAAUAUUCCGGCUCCUUUGCUUAAAGAAAUCUUUAGAACAGAUGGUGAAAGAUUUCUUAGAUUCCCUACUCCUCAACUUAUUCAUGAGGACAAAACUGCAUGGAGUACUGAUGAAGAAUUUGCAAGAGAAAUGUUAGCUGGAGUUAACCCAGUAGUCAUUGCUCGUCUUCAAGAAUUUCCACCUAAAAGCACAUUGGACCCUAACAUUUAUGGUGAUCAAACAAGCAAAAUAACUGAAGAACACAUACAAGAUGGCUUAGAUGGACUCACUGUGGAUGAGGCACUUGAGAAGAAGAAGCUAUACAUAUUGAAUCACCAUGAUUCAUUGAUACCAUAUCUCAGAAGAAUAAACACAACUCCAACAAAAACUUAUGCUACAAGAACAGUUUUGUUCUUGAAAAAUGAUGGGACUUUAAAGCCUUUGGCAAUUGAAUUAAGCUUACCGCAUCCCCAAGGAGAUGAAUUUGGAGUGAUUAGCAAAGUGAUUUUGCCUUCUAACACAGGAAUUGAUGCCUCAAUUUGGCAACUUGCUAAAGCUUAUGUUACUGUUAAUGAUACUGGCUACCAUCAACUCAUUAGCCAUUGGUUGAAUACUCAUGCAACAAUUGAACCAUUUGUGAUAGCAACAAACAGACAAUUGAGUGUUGUUCAUCCAAUUCACAAACUGCUUCUUCCUCAUUUUAGAGAUACGAUGAACAUUAAUGCUUUAGCAAGACAGUCUCUAAUUAAUGCUGAUGGGAUUAUUGAAACAACACAUUAUCCAUCUAAGUAUUCCAUGGAGAUGUCUUCUUUUGUUUAUAAAACUAAUUGGGUCUUCCCUCAACAAGCUCUCCCUGCUGAUCUAAUCAAAAGAGGAGUUGCAAUAGAGGAUUCAAACUCUCCCCAUGGACUUCAACUCCUAAUAGAAGAUUAUCCAUAUGCUGUUGAUGGUCUUGAGAUUUGGUCAGCAAUCAAAACAUGGGUACAAGAUUAUUGUUCUUUCUACUACAAAGAUGAUCAAACACUACACAAGGACACCGAGCUCCAAUCAUGGUGGAAAGAGCUUCGUGAGAAAGGCCAUGCAGACAAGAAAGAUGAACCAUGGUGGCCGAGAAUGGACUCCCUUCAAGACUUAGUCGAAACAUGUACAAUCAUUAUAUGGAUCUCUUCAGCUCUUCAUGCUGCAGUUAACUUUGGACAAUAUCCUUACGGUGGCUUUGCUCCCAACCGUCCAUCGACCAGUCGUCGAUUCCUACCUGAAAGUGGUACUUCUGACUACAAAGAACUCGAGUCAAACCCUGAGAAGGCGUUCUUGAGAACAAUCACUUCACAAUUGCAAGUCCUUGUGGGGGUGUCAGUUAUUGAGAUUUUGUCAAGACAUUCUUCAGAUGAAGUGUAUUUAGGGCAAAGAAGUAACCCUGAGUGGACUUUGGAUAAGGAAGCUUUGGAAGCAUUUGAGAAGUUUGGGGAAAAGUUGGGUGAAAUUGAAAGGAAAAUUGCUAUGAGAAAUAAAGAUCCUCAAUUGAAAAAUAGAGUUGGGCCUGUGGAUAUGCCAUAUACUUUGUUGUUUCCUACAAGUUCUGAAGGCCUCACAGGCAGAGGAAUUCCUAAUAGCAUUUCCAUUUAAAUGAAACCUUAGGUUUCAUUAUUUCAGUAAGGUUUCAUUAUUUCAAUUUAUCCGAGUGACAAACAUUAUAAGUUGUAGAAUAUACUUCUUGAUACAUCUUAGUAUAUGCAUCUUUUUGCAGCUCACUUCAACCUUAAGAAAUUGUCGUUAGACAAUUGAGUGAGUUGUACAAAAACAAGUACAAUCUAAGAUGUCCCAAAACCAAGUGCUUUCUAAGCAAGGUAUGUAUGGUUUGAAUGGGUUAGAUGGGUUAUGAUUUAUUGUUUUAUGUGUAUUUUUAUUGAUGAAUAAUCUUAUGGAAUGAUUGGUGUUUCAAUAAA